AUGGCUGAGGGAAAUGAUUCUGAGGUGACAGAGUUCAUCCUGCUGGGAUUAAUGGAUCAUCCAAAACUGCGGGUAACUUUCUUUGUGAUGUUUCUAGUAAUCUAUGCUGUAAGCAUUAUGGGAAACCUUGGAAUGAUCAUUUUGUUCAGGGCCAACUCCCAGCUGCACACCCCCAUGUACUUUUUCCUGAGCCACUUGUCUUUUGUGGAUAUGUGCUGCACUUCUACCAUCACCCCCAAAAUGCUGGCAACCUUCUACUCUGAUGGGAAGAGCAUUUCUUUCUCUGGAUGUAUCGUGCAGAUGUUUCUCUGUGCAGAGUUUGUGACUGUGGAGGCCAUCAUGUUGUCAGUGAUGGCCUAUGAUCGCUACAUGGCUGUAUGUUAUCCCCUGCUUUAUAGUACAGUGAUGUCCCACAUGGUUUGCUUGAGGCUUGUAACUGGUUCCUACAUAGCUGCCCUCACCAGUGCCAUUGUACAAGUUAGCUGCACCUUUAGUUUAUCAUUCUGUGGCUCUAACAAGAUCCAACAUUUCUUUUGUGAUAUCCACCCUCUCCUCAAGCUCUCCUGCACUGACACCCACAUCAAUGAGAUCAUGCUGUUUGUUUUUGCCACUCUCAUUGGCUUAUCCACUUCCCUGGAAAUCUUCAUCUCCUAUGCUUACAUCCUCUACACGAUCCUACAGAUCCAUUCUGCUGAGCACAGAAGCAAAGCCUUCUCCACAUGUGCCUCCCAUCUAACAGCUGUCACCAUAUUCUAUGGGACUGCUUUGUUUACAUACUUGCGCCCAUCGACCCUUGAUUCCCUUGAACACAACAAGGUGGCUUCAGUGUUCUACACGGUGGUGAUCCCCAUGCUGAACCCCCUGAUCUACAGCCUGAGGAACAAGGAGGUGAAGGAGGCCUUUAGGAAAGGCAUCAGUAGGAAUAUUAAUUUGGGAAACUGCGUAUAA